AAACACACACACACAAACAAAAAAGCAACGAGAAGUAGUCGACAGACUGCAGGGCACCAGCUUUCCUUACGCAGGACGUUUUGUAGUCGUCAUCUGGUAUAUGACAGUCGCAUGGUGUAAAUAAGUGAAGCGUGUGGAAGUGAAGGAGCAGCUUCUGCGGGACACAGCGCAUUCCUCUUCAAGCAUGGAGAACUCGAGGGGCGCCCGUUUUCACAUCGCAUCAUUCGUUCUUUUGUGUAGCGCCCGAAGUUUUCUUUCAUUAGGUAGCAGUGAGCUAGACAUUCGCAGCGUUACAGACACGUAUGUUAAUUUCACCACUGAGCCAAAGAUAACUAUGGACACAGACGAGAACCAAAGACUGACGUUUAAACCCACUGUUGGAAAAAUUCACGUUUCGGAAGGAACUGAAAUUAGGUUUAACUGUUCAAUUGAGUUGUAUGAGGUUAAUCAUCACCUCAACAUUGAGUGGAUCAAAGAUGGCCAAGAGAUAAAUGGGAGCAAAAUGGUAAUGAAAGAUUUGCAAGCUACAGACAAAGGAGUCUCCACCAUAGUCUCGACUUGCAGCAUAAGUAGCGUGCAGCGUUCAGAUGCUGGGGAGUACAAAUGUCGACUGAGAGUAAAUAAUACAAACAUUGAAUCCAGUCCUAUCCAAAUUGAUGUAUUAGGACUCCCUACUUUUCUUAAAGAGCCAGAAAAUGUCAACAUCUCCCGAAAUACUCCAUUUAAUCUCUCAUGUGCAGCUGUUGGCCCACCCGAUCCUGUAAGGAUCUCGUGGCUACAAAACAGUGUGAAGAUAAUUGGAACAGAAGGCUUCUCACCCUCCAUUCUUAGUGUGCCAGGAGUCAAUGAUUCUGUCCGCUAUAGCUGUGAAGCCACCAAUGACAGAGGCUUGAGCACAUCGAAAGAAGCACACGUUAAUAUUAAAGGGCCCCCUUCAGCACCCAGUGACCUGCAAGUAAUAAAGCAGUCUGCCCACUCCCUGUCGGUCAAGUGGCUACCAGGACAUGACAGUUACUCUCCACUUCACACCUGUCAGAUCUCAGUAAACCAGACAGUAUUUGGUGUUUCCAGCCAUCUAAGAGAUAUAAGUGUCUCAGUACCUCCUUAUGAAUGUGACUUGAAGAACCUGACUGCCAUGACUUUGUUUUGGCUGCGAGUGUCCUGCAUGAAUGAGAUUGGAUGGUCGGGUUGGAGCAAGUGGAUCCAAAAUGAAACUCUUGAAGGAGUUCCGACUGGGGCACCGCAGAACGUUACACUGAUGGUCAAUGGCUCCUUUCUUGAGGUGACGUGGGAAACUCCUCGAGCGGAUAAGAUCAACGGUAACCUGAGUGGCUAUGCUGUCCUCAUCAAUGGCUUUGAGACAUCCAUUGGGCUCAAGAACUUUCACUACAAAACUUUGACCGUCUUUAACCUGACCUACCAAGUUCAAGUAGCUGCAGUUACCAAAGCAGGAAAAGGAAUUUGGAGUGAACCUGUGCAUGUUUUUGUCCCUGAUUUUGGAUUGGCUUUAGCUCCAUCAUCCUCUCCUUUCAUCCCGAAGGCUGAUCGUAUCUUGUUGGGCAUUGUAUGUGGAGUCACGUUCAUGAUAAUGGCCAUUUGUGUGUUUGUGGCUGUCAAAAAAAGGAUUCAUGAAACUCGUUUCGGGCAUGCAUUUGAUAAAGAAAUGCAGCCCAUUGUGCAAUACAGACCAAACAGAUCCUACGGGCGUCAAGAUGAUGAAAUAACCUUUAACAUUUUGGGAAUUAAUGGAGAUCUGCAGACCAAACUCUGGGAUGUAAUGACUGAUAGAAAGCUGCUUUCAGUAGGAAAGGUCCUUGGAGAAGGUGAGUUUGGCUCUGUAUUUGAAGGUCACCUGAAGCAGCCAGAUGGAAGCAGCCAGAAGGUCGCAGUAAAAACUAUGAAAAUGGACAACUUCUCUCAAAGAGAGAUCGAGGAGUUUCUCAGUGAAGCGGCUUGUAUGAAAGAUUUCUGCCACCCAAAUGUCAUCCGACUGCUAGGAGUUUGCUUAGAAAUAAAUUCCCACGAACGUUUUCCAAAACCUAUGGUGAUUCUUCCUUUCAUGAAAUAUGGUGAUUUGCACAGCUUCCUGCUUCGCUCCCGACUUGGAGAAAGACCACAGUACUUACCACUCCAGACGCUGCUGAAGUUUAUGAUAGACAUUGCUUUGGGAAUGGAAUACCUAAGCAGCAAGAAUUUUCUGCACCGAGAUUUAGCAGCAAGAAACUGCAUGUUGCGGGAUGACAUGACUGUCUGCGUUGCAGACUUUGGCCUGUCAAAGAAGAUUUACAGUGGAGACUAUUAUAGACAAGGGAGAAUUGCAAAGAUGCCUGUGAAGUGGAUUGCUAUUGAGAGUCUCGCAGAUCGAGUCUUCACCACCAAAAGUGAUGUGUGGGCUUUUGGAGUGGCUAUGUGGGAGAUUGCCACACGUGGCAUGACCCCAUAUCCUGGAGUUCAGAACCACGAAAUCUAUGAUUAUCUUCUUCAAGGGAACAGGCUAAAACAGCCAGCAGACUGUCUGGAUGAACUGUACGGCAUUAUGUAUUCCUGCUGGAGAGCUGAUCCAGCCAGUCGCCCCAGUUUCACAGAAGUUCGGAUUUGCUUAGAAAAGUUGGCGGAGAGGUUGCCUGAGGCAGCUAGCAAAGAAGACAUCAUCUAUAUCAAUACAAGCCAUCCAGAGGAGGAGGAGGAAGAGGAGCAGCAAGAGGACGAGGGGGAAGUGUGUGUGGAGUUUUGUGGACCACAGCUCACUUUUAAUAAAAGUAGACUUGCAGCUUGUCCUAAGUCCACGGUAGACAAUGAGCCUUGUGUGGUGACCGCUGAAGUCCAUGACUCAGAGGAAUUGGAGAGCAGGUACGUGUUUGCCAUUGCACCACAGGAUCCUGCAGCUUCCAUGGAUGUGACGGCACCUUUAUUACAGACAGACGUGCUAAUGCAUGCAAACAGAGAUGCCAUCUGUGACCUGCAUCAACUGGACAACACAUCAGAGGAUUCUGUUAUCAUGGUAUGAAGAGUGAAAGGGAUGAGUUUUACCCGAACUGUGCAAUUUGUGAGCACACCAUCACUGCUGUCUCUUCAGCCACUUGUCCUAGCAUAUAUUCACCACUUGGCCUGUAAUGCAGUCUUUGAAAACUUCACUCCAUCAGAGGUUCCUUGUGUUGAACCUGUGAACACAGGACGUGUUCAGUUGCACUUUAAGAAUAUAUACAGUGUUAUUUCAUCCUGAUGCAUCAAUAUCGUAUGAACUACUGAGCCUAAAUUCUGAAAACGUUCUUGUCAGCUGUGAGGAUGAACCCAGUGCAGUGUUUUAAGACCGUCUGAGUAGCAUUUUCAGGAUUACAGAAUCGGUCAUUCUUCACCAUCAGUUAAGUAACUUUACUUAUGUGAGAAUGUAUGGCAUUUCGGAGUCUAUAGGAAGUUGUUUUAUAUUUCAGAUUAGAUUUAAAGUCUCGUGUUAAUUGUUAUUUUAGAUGGUCAAAUGCCAUAUUUUGAUGAGUCAGAAGUCAAGAUUGAGACAGAGACAGGUAUCAGAUCCCUUAUUUUUUUCCCAUUUUGCUAUGUUGCAGCCUUGUCCUAAAUUCAUUUUUUUACCUCAUCAAUACCCCAGAAUGACAAAGCAAAAACAGGAUUUUUUAAAUUUUGGCAAAUUUGUUAAAAAUGAAAAACUGAACUAUCACUUUGACACAACUAACUUUACUCAGUAUUUACUUGAAACACCUAUGACAGCAGUUCCAGUCUGGAGUCUUCUUGGGUUUGAUGUAAUAAGCUUCGAACACCUGGAUUUGGGAAUUUUCUGCCAUUCUUCUUCGCUGAUCCUCCCAAGCUUUGUCAGACUGGAUGAGGGCCAUCAAUGGACACUAUUUUCAGGUCUCUCCAGAGGUGUUUGAUUGGGUUCAAGUCUGGGCUCAUGCUGGGCCACUCAAUGACAUUCAUGGAGUUGUCCCUAAGCCACUCCUGUGUUGUCUUUCGUGCUUAUUGUGCUGUUGGAAGGUGAACUUGCAGCCCAGUCUGAUGCCAAGAGUACUGCAGAGCAGAUUUUCGUGACACAGACCUCUGUAGUUUGCUCCAUUCAGUUUUCUCUCAUAUCUGACUUGUUUCUCAGUUCAUAAACAACAUGACACUACCACCUCCAUGCUUCAUUAUUGAAAUGUUAUUGCGCAGGUGAUGAGUGGUACUUGGAUUCCUCCAGACAUGAUGCUUAUAACUGGGCCAAAUAGUUUCAUCUUGGUUUUCUCAGACCAAGGAAUCUUGUUUCGCACAGUAUGAGAAUCCCUUAGGUGCUGUUUUGCAAACUCCAAGUAGGCUUGCAUGUAUCUUUCAGUGAGGAUAAUCUCAAAGGUAUAUUAGGUUAAUUGGUCCUCUGUGAAUAUGUGUGUGUGUGAAUGUGUGUGUUUAGCAGUCCCAAAAUAAACUGGUAACACUUUAGUUUAGGUACUGCAAAUUGCAUCGAUUAUUUGCUUACUCUUAUGUAACAAGAUCAUAACAAAGGCUUCUUUUGGUCUUCAUGACCCUUAUAAAACAUCAGUAGAUCGGUUAUUCAUCUCUGUGUAGAAGAUUUGGGAUGUUGGCAAAAUGACUUGUUAAAAUGAAGGAUUCACAGGUCUUAUACUAAAUAUGUAAAGCUGACAGAAAUCCAUCUCAGUUAAGCCACCUCAGACCUCUCCAAAGUGACAUUUUGUUAGCAGGUCACAUUGCAGAGAUGAAUAAAAAUUUACUGAUGCUUUAUAAGUGUUAUGAAGACACAAGGAGGUGUUUGUUAAGGUCUUGUUACAUAAUAGUAAAUGAGUAAUAGAUUCAUUUUUUCCAGGACCUAAACUCAAGUGUUUCCAAUAAACUAACACCCCAUCGAGGGUUGGUUCCUUCCUUCCACCCCAGUGCCUGAAGUCCCACCAGGCCAACACUGAAUUAAGAAGCUUCAGAAAUGGAGAGCAUUUUGGUAUGUAUUUAGUCAGAAGUCAAGCAAAAUGGCACCUUUUAUUGGCUAACUAAAAAGAUUACAAUAUGCAAACUUUCGAGGCAAGUCAGGCCCCUUCUUCAGGUAAGAUGUAAUCAAUGUAUUUAGAAAUAAAGCUAAAACAAUGGGUUAUACCAGACAGAGAUGGGCAAUUCAUAAACAAUUUGUUCUUUUUUUGAAUGACUCUUUUUCUGGGAGUCGUGGGAAUCGAUUCACAGGCAAGAACAAAUCGAUUCAGUAGUGCUCAAUGGAAGCACUAAAGCACACGUGAGAUGCCGUCAGCCUCUUUCAUUUAAAUGUUUAAAAUGCAUGCGUGAUGCUGCCCACCUGUUUUGUUUAGAUGUUUAAAGUGCCUGUGCAAAUAGCACCCGUCUGAUCCAUUAUUCUUUCUAGUGAGAAUUAAAUCGUUGAGAAACAAGAACUCUGCCAUUGAUCAUUCUCUCAUUACUCAUACAGCUACAAUACAGUUACAACACAUUUACAUUAGAAUGUGUUAAUUGUUGGUUUUGUACAAUUCUAGGCUGGAACUGUUUUAAACAGAAUAUAUAAACAUAAUAUUAAACUAAAAUACACUAUGUCCUUUUCUACAUUCAACAAAUUAGUCACGCAAAACUAAAGCAUCUAAAAAUAUUACUCUAUUUUCUAACAUUUAUUUGCUUUCAAAUUAACUUUAGCAAACUCUUUUUAAGGCUAAUAGAUUUCUUAAGGCUAAUUGAAUGCACAGGGCAUAUAUCACUCACUGUUUCUUUUGUAAUGGAUGGCACACACGGUCAUCCCCGAUACGCUAGAAGGCAGCAUCCCUGGUUUUCUGUACUCAUUAGGACACCCCCCUGGGAAUGCUGGGAACUGUAGUCCAGCAGGGCAGCCCUGCUGGGGUCAAUGGGUGCUACAAGAGGGUGCCGCAGGGAGUUAUGUUCCCUACGUUUUGAGGCUCCUGUAUGACAAAGAAGUACUUCCAACGGGCAAUGAAGUGGCACUACUCCUGGGUUCUCAGUAAAAAUAAGCACACUGCCUUGACCAGGUGAUUCAGAGGACAGAAGGAGGAAGAAAUCUAUUUGUUCUGAAGUAUUUUGGAUGGUGUUUGUAUUUUAAAGUGUUGGUGAAAAGUAAAAACAUUUUAUUUGAACCCGGUACUGUUUUGGGUGACUUUGUGACUGUGGUUUGGGGCUCACUGGCACCCCCUUGUGGUUACAUUUUCUAGUUUCAACUGAAUCAUUGACCAAGAACGAGUCAAACAUUCAUUUGAUUCGUAAACGAGAAACACAACUCUUCAGUUGACUCAUGAGCGAAUGAUUACCCAAGAAAGAGUCUCACAAUUCUGGUUCAAUUGACUUGCAAAUGACCUACACGAUUCUCUUUUUAGCUGAUUCACAAAGAAAUCAUUACCCGAGAAAGAGUUGCACAAUUCUUAUUCACUUGUGAUUCUAUAAUGUGGCAUCUUAUUUUAAUUAUACAUUUUUAAUGUGUAAUAAUACUUUGUGUACUGAAACAAGACAAUGUCUUUUGAAUGAUCAUCAUGUUAAAAACAUACUUAAUUAUACACACAAACGCACAUAUUCAAAAUAAUGUAUAAGGCAAUCCCCCCGACUCCAAACUUCCUGUAGGUGUCAUCAUUAAUCCUAUAAAUCAGGGUUAGGCGGUUCUAGAGGGCUGCAAUGGCUGCAGGUUUUCAUUCCAACCCAAUUGCUUAGUUAGAAACCAAGGAUUGCCAGUCUUAGACCUCAUUUAAUUUCAUGGCAUGUUAGUCUGCAAUGUAAUGUUCUUAUAUCAUAAGAUUCUUUUUCCUUUCCAAUGAAUUCAUCCAAUGAUUUGAAGCUUAAAAUGGGUCAUUUUCAGUUACAUUUUUCUCUUAAUUGUUUUAUUAAACCAAAUGGUGCAGGAUGAAUCCACACAGGUGUGAAUGGAAACAAGUUAGAUGGAGAACUGCUGGCUUCUUUUGUCAUUGCAUCUUAUUGCUAAUAAGGAGGUAUUAAAAACAGCGAAUGCAGCUGUUUAAGAAUGAAAUAAGCAAUUAUGGAUGGGGAACCUUAACAUGCGAGACCACUAAAAUGAAGCAUCAAAAUGUCACUUGAACAAGAAGUGUUUCAUCAGCAAUCAUUAAGUUCUCUUUAAGAAACAGGGUUGGAACAAAAACCUGCAGCCACUGUGGCCCUGUAGGACUGACGCUGCCCACCCCUUCUAUGAAUGAAUCAAACAAAUCAAACGACACAAAAGAAUUAAUUCAGUUCAGCGGGCAGCUUGAAAGAAUCAAAUCAGUUAAGUGAGAUGAAAUGCCCAUCACUAAUACAGGACCCCAAAACUGAAAAGGUUAUGUGACGUUAUUCCCGAUUUGUGGUCUGUAAUGUGUUAAAGAACAAAUUAUAAUAUCUUCCAUUUUAUCAGAAAAUAUUUUUGUAAUAUAUUGUAAAUUUAUGUAUGGCCUGAUCCGGGCUGUUUUUAAUUGUAUGAAGUCUUUCUAGGAUUAAUUUACUGUACGUGUCCAGUGGUAAGGCCCUGGGAAUUUCUCUGUUGUGCGCACAUUUACAGUUCUAAAGUGUUUUGUCACAAUGUUGCCAGUAUUUCUAUUUUAUUUUUGUACAGAAAAAGCAUCUAGCAAACACAAUGAAAAUGCAAGAUCAUGGUUUUUAACAGUUUUUGAAAAGCUUUUCUUCUUGUCAAAUGAAGAUUGAAUGUGAAGUUGUAACUUGAAUGAAUGCAUGUCUGUAUUCUGAAUCUGAGCAGUGUGCAUUAAAUGAAUUAAUUUAUUGUACAUUUUUGUAAAUGCAAAGUUGUCCUAUAGAGGAAAAUAUUAAACAUGGAUGAGUUUUAUUGUAUGAUUAUGUGCCUUAUUUGUGUAAAGUGGUGUAAAAUAUUUGUAUUUAAAUGUUGACAGUUUCCAACUAUAUGUUUAAGCUAUGUGUAUAAAAUGUAAAAUUGUUGGAAUGGUGUCCCAUAUCUUAAAUCUGUGAACACAAAUGUGCAACAGACUGAAGCAUGACUUUUCCAUUAAUAUAUUUUAUUUUAA